GAUCAGUAGUAAUUCAGUGAGCAGACACAGCCAUGCAGUGGCAGACGUGUGUGUUACUGUUGUGUGUGACGGCCAUAUUGGCGGACGACGAGUGGCGGGAAGUGAAAACUGCGCAAGGGCCUGUGCGCGGGCGCAAGCACCCCACUGAGGAUAUAUAUACAUUUUACAAUAUACCUUACGCCACAGCUCCUGUCGGUGUCGAUAAGUUCAAGGCACCCCUUCCUCCGCCGAUAUGGUUGGAGCCAUAUGACGCCAUUGACAAGCAAGUAGUGUGCCCUCAACCUACAUUAGAAUUUGCUGGUCUCCAACCAAGAACCUUACUGCAACAAGAAAAUUGUCUAAUUGCUAAUGUAUAUGUGCCAAACACAAAUAAGAAGAAUCUUUCCGUGGUAGUGUAUGUUCACGGAGGAGCUUUCGUAAUGGGAUGGGGAGAAAUGUUUAAAGGCACGCAGUUAUUAAAAACAAAAGAUAUAAUUAUCGUCACAUUCAACUAUCGACUGGGUGUUCACGGCUUCCUUUGUCUCGGUACUGAAGAUGCGCCAGGCAAUGCAGGAAUGAAGGACCAAGUAGCAUUGUUACGUUGGGUGCAAAAGAAUAUCGCGAGCUUUGGUGGAAAUCCAGAGGACGUCACAAUCAUAGGCUAUAGUGCAGGAUCCGCAUCAGUGGACCUGCUAAUGCUCUCUAAAUCAGCUGAAGGAUUGUUCCACAGAGUUGUACCAGAAAGUGGUGGAAACCUAGCUGCAUUUUCAAUUCAAAGAGACCCUGUAGAGGUUGCCAAAACAUUCGCUAGACAACUUAACUUUACUAACGUAGAUGAUAUUUAUGCUCUUGGAGAGUUCUACAAGACGGCUCCUUUAGAAUUGUUGAUUUCAGAUCCAUUCUUUGAUAGGACUGAUUCUACUUUCUUGUUCUCUCCGUGUGUGGAGCGCAAUAUGGGACAAGAGACGUUCCUGACAGAAUCUCCACUAACCAUAUUAAAGAACGGCAACUACAAGAAGUUACCAGUAUUGUAUGGAUUUGCAGAAAUGGAAGGACUGUUUCGUAUUGAUUUCUUUCCAUUCUGGAAGCAAAAAAUGAAUGAUAAAUUUUCUGAUUUCCUGCCAGCUGACCUUAAAUUUAAGUCUGAAGAAGAAAGGGAUGAAGUAGCCAAUAAAAUUAAGCGAUUCUUUUUUGGAGAUGGACCCGUUAGUGAAGAGAAUGUUUUAGAAUAUGUGAAUUUCUUUACGGAUGUUUUUUUUGCAUUCCCAAUGCUUUGGGCAACAAAAUUGCACGUAGAGGCAGGCAACAAUCAAAUUUAUUUGUAUGAAUACUCAUUUGUUGACGAAGAUGUUCCUGAGGUACCACACACUAACAUAAGAGGUGCUAAUCACUGCGCCCAGACGUUCGCUGUAAUGGAUGGUAAAAAUUUAACACAUUUAAGUCAUACAGAUGAGGCAUUGGCGACCCCUGAAUAUCAGAAAAUGAAGAAAACAGUGCGAGAAAUUUGGUAUAAUUUUAUUAAAACUGGAAAACCUGUACCUGAAGGAUCAUCGCUACCUGCGUGGCCGGCUGUCGGUGCUGACAGGUCACCCCAUAUGUCGCUGGGUCAGAAGAUAGAGCUGCGUGGCGUACUGCUGCAAGAACGCACACGCUUCUGGGAAGACAUUUACCAGAGAUACUACCGGGAGCCUGUACCACCACCAACAACUCCACCCAAGUCACGCUCUGAAUUAUAAAACCACUCUGUAACCUCACAAUUCUUCUAAUGCCUAAUAUUAAAAUGGAGGCAGUAAACGUAAUAAUGCGCUAAUAAAUGUAUAUUUAAUUUAUUACUUCA